GCCACGUCAGUGGAGCAUUCAAAGAUGCCACUACAAAAGGUGACCCAAAGGAAAGGUCGGGCGGUUUUGAACACGAAAAAGGCAGUGUUCAACAAGAGUCACGGCAGUUCUUAUCUCUCGCAGUCAUUUAUUCUGACCAAGCUGAAGAAGCGGUUGCGAACUGUGAUCGAGCAGAACAAGGUGCUGGCCUUUGUCCUCGCUGAAGCCAAAAACCAGAAUAGCAGGCUCAAGACUGCAGCAGUACGCCAAGGAAAGAUCGAGCGUCUCUUACUUCCACAGCUGAAAGUAUGGCUGGAGGACAGCUUGAGUCACAUGCAAGAGAUCACCCGAGUCCACGGGCGAGCGAUUCUGUCUAUCCAUAACAUCCUCAUGUACGGCCAUGACGUCAGCCUGGCCCCUGAUUGCGGAGAUGUCUUCCAGGAGGCGCCGCCACCGAGGUAAGUUCAGGGUAAGAUGCGAAAUAAGCGGCCUGAGAAACGGUGCUUGAAUCUGUAUAGGAAACAUAUGGCAGCGGGUGCUUUACUUUCUAAAAAGAAAUGAUGCAGAAGGCAGAGUUCCGGGCCCCUUUCUGCUGAUCUAGUUUUGCGAACGGUAGAUACUCUUAGGCGCAAACGAAAAGAAUACAAACUGUCAAGUAGAUGAAUGGAUAGAU